AGGUGGCCGGACCUGAGCCAUGCCGGCACGUGGACCGUGGGGCUCUGCGCUCCACUGCUCCCAGCCACCUGCCUCCUUCCCAGCCUGGGCUCCAGGGGAGGGUUGCUUCCUGUGGGGCAGGAGGGCUGGUGAUGGAACAUUCUUGCAGCUUCCGAGGGCCACCGGGCUGGCGUUUUGUGACCUUCCCCCUGUUGCUGUCCCUGCCUCUCACCUAUGUGCCCCAGGGGUCCGGGGAUCCUGCCUGGCUGGCUCAAGGGGGCUGGGUAGGGAGCCUGGAAGAAUGAGCUUGGCCUCCAGGGGAACUAGGGUCCUAGCACAGCCCCAAAGCCUUUGGCCACAGGGGUGGGUUCAGUCAGGGCUGGCAUAGGGGGUCACUGAAGGAUAAGAUGGUUGAAUGCUGUAUUUUUUAAAGAAUAAAAUAUUUUUAAAUCAACACCUGAGUCUGGCCCUGAGGAAUCACCUCUGGCACUGGGAAUUGGGAAACUGUGUGUCUAACUGCCCUCCCUCAACUCGGAAGGGGCCUGUCAGCCUGCUAGGUGGGGCUGCAGCACCCCUGGCUACAGGUAUAUGGGAGAGAGAGAGAGAGAGAGAGAGAGAGAGAGAGAGAGAGAGAGAGAGAGAGAGAGAGAGAGAGAGAGAGAGAGAGAGAGAGAGAGAGAGUGUGUGUGUGUGUGUGUGGACACAAGCCUCACACUGGUUGCCUUGUUGAUGGGAGCUCAGCCCGAGAGGCAGGCACACCUUCGCCAUGAUAGGGGGCAUCUGGGCGUAUUCAUUUCCUAUGGCCGCUGUAACAAAGUACCAAACAUAGCGGCUUAAACCCACACAGAUUUGCUGCCCUAGUAGUUCUUGUAAAUCUAAGGCUGAAGUCUGACAGGGCUGACAUCCAGCUGUUGGCAGGACUUGUUCCUUCUGGAGGCCUCCGGGGCGAGUCUGUGACCUUCUCCAGCUUGAAAGGCUGCCCACAUUCCUUUGCUCAUGGCCCCGACUCCCUCCUCAAAGCUGGAGAGGUAGCAUCUUCUCUGUGAUUCUGCUUCCUUCGGCUUCCCGGUCACAUGGCCUCCCUCUGUAGUCAGAUCCUCCUCUGCCUCUGUCUUCUAAGGAUUAUUUUCACUUCCCCACUUUCCAGAUACUCUCCCCACCUCAGGAUCCUUCACUUAAUCCCACCUGCAAGGGCCCUUUUGUCCUGUAUAGGAACGUAUCCACAUGUUUGGGGAUUAGGCCACGGAUCUCCUUGGGGCAUUCUUCAGCCUGCCACACUGGGUCUGCUCUGCCUCCUGGACCCUUUGGGGCUGAGGUGUAGACCUUGGACCUCUAAUCUGUGCGCAUGUGUGCAGACCUGAGCUCUGUCAGUUUGUUGGUCCUCUCUGCUACUUUUGUUCCUGCCCCCGAGGGUCUGGCUCCCUGGUCCCUGGGACUCUGGGAGAGUCUCCUUUAGGCUCGGGGAUUCAGCAGGAGCCAGAACUUCAGCCCAUGCCUCUGAGAAGGGGGUGAGAGGCCCCUCCUAUCCCAGGUGGGAGGUGUGCGGGGGUGGGGGCAUGAGGGGUCAUUGGCUAGGAUUCAGCUGCUGAGUGGGCACCGUCUUUCUCUUGGGAGCAUGUCUUGGGCUGGGGCUCCGGAGAGUGUCCCAUCCCCAGGGCCUUUCGCAGCCCCUACUCAAGACCCUAGAAUUAUACAAAGGAGAGCUGGAACCCUAGCUAGGACCCAGAGAAGGAGGCCUACCCUUGCCCACCCCAAACACUGGCUCCCAGGUGGGCAGGAAGACAGUGGCAUUGCCCCCCUCACCACUGCUGAAGCCCUGGGCCUAGGUACCAGCUGGAUGCCCGGCAGCCGGGAGCCUGCCUGCCAUGACAGCCACCCAGAAGUGGGCAUGGAGAAGCAGGGGUGGGCAGGUGUCCAGCCCUGCGUCCUCCCAGCAGAAGCUCUAUUUGUUCAUUCAUUAAUUCAUUCAGCCAUCAUUCAGAGACAUUUUCUCUGCCCAGAGCUGAGUGCUGGAGACUCAUGGACUCAGUAAAUAUUGAGCACCUAUGAUGUCCUGGGCACUGUGCUGGACCCUGCGUAUACAGACAAAAAACUCUUGCCAUUGAGAAGCAGAAAUUCCAGGGCGCCUGGGUGGCCCAGUCGUUAAGCGUCUGCCUUCAGCUCAGGUCAUGGGAUCGAGCCCUGCAUUGGGCUCCCUGCCCAGUGAGGAGUCUGCUUCUCCCUCUCCCUCUCCCUCUGCCCCUCUCCCUGCUUGUGCUCUCUCUUUCUCUCUGUCUCAAAUGAAGAAAUAAAAAUCUUAAGAAAAGAAGCAGACAUUCCAGUAGGAGAAUAGGACAAUAUACAAUAGACCAUGGAAAAUCAAUGAUAUGUUAGCAGGUAAAAAGUUACGACAAUGAAAAGCAGCAGGUAAAGGGGCUGAGUGGUAUCAGAUCUAGGGUGAGAGGUUUAAAAGGAGGUCAGGGAAGGCCUCCAGAGGGUCAUGUGUGAGCCAAGAUACAAAGGAGGCAAUGGAGGGGGCCAAGUGAAUAGGAAAAGAGUUUCCAGGCAGAGCAAACAGUAAGUCCAAAGGCCCUGGGGCAGGAGACUGCAUGGAAGUAUUCAAGCCCCAGCCAAGGAGGCCAGUGUGGCUGGAGAUUGGUCAGGGGGGCCAUGGGAGGGCAGAUCUCAUAGGACCUUGUUGGCCAUGAUGUGGACUGUGCCUUGGAUUCCAGAAAGGGCCAGGAAGGAGUCUGAGCCGAGGAAGGGCCUAGUGUGAUUUAGGGGCGGAAUGUGAAUAGGCUGUGGGGUGUGAGCACAGAAGCAGGGCAAUCCGUGGGGCGGCAGUGACUGCACUGGUCUAGGCGAGAGAUUGAGGAUGGCUCAGGCUAGCCUGGUGAAUGUGAAGGUGGUGGGCAACGGGCAGAUUCUGAAGCUGGAGCCAACGGGACUUGCCGUGGGCCCAGGUCACCCUGAGGCUUUGGGCCUGAGUCAUCUGUUAGGAUCAGCUGGGUCAGAGGGAGCGUGGCAAGAGCCAUCCCAGCUGGCCUGGCCAUGGGGCAGGUGCUCUGACGGGGGGCCCCCUUGGCACACUGGGCACGCAGAAGAGGAAGCCCUGCCCCAGGAGGAAGUGGCAGGCUGCGGUGGAGGCAGGUGCAGCCAAGGUGAGGCCCAUGCUGCUGCACCCCCGGGUGUGCCAGGCCCCCCCCCAGAGCUCUGGGGACAGGACCAAGGGGGCAGGAACGGGCAGGUGUGGGAGCCACUGGCCCAAGAGAGCUCCCUUUGGGGCAGGGGCCAAGGGGCUGAGGUGUGAGAGUGCCAGUCCUCUUGGGACAGGGAGCACCCUGGCAGGGGUGUCAGCAUGCCUAGCCCACAUCUGGUACUGCCCCCAAUCCCAGUCUCUCACUGACCUGAAACUGGGCUCUGUGACUGUUUCUCCCCAGACUUUCCCUGAUGACAGGUGUGAGGCCUCCAGGGCAGUGGUGGGGUGGGGGUGGUGGGGGAAUGGAAAGAGGAAGGAUUGAAGGGGCGGUCUGCAAACUGCCUAUGCAAAUGGCCUCUGACUCAGAGGCCUCUGUCCCGUGCACCCCCCCAACCCUCACUCCAGGCCUGGUGGGGGCGAGGGAGGGGGCUACCAGGUUUUUUCUUAAUUCUCACUUCCUCUGUUCUCUGAGCCGAUGCGGGAAGGGGCUGUGAGCCCUAAGCAUCCUUUCCUGCAGCCGCUGCCCAGUCUGCCAGCCAGGCCCUCUGGAGAAGCCCCCGCUCCCUGUCAUGGGCCCCUGCUGUGGCGCCCUGCACCCCCUGUCUCUCCUGGUGCAGGCUGCCGUGCUGGCCGUGGUUCUGGCCCCGGGCGCCCUGCCUCCCUUCCUGCCCUGUGAGCUCCAGCCCCACGGCCUGGUGGACUGCAACUGGCUGUUCCUCAAGUCUGUGCCCCGCUUCUCGGCGGCAGCGCCCCGCGGGAACAUCACCAGCCUCUCCCUCUACUCCAACCGCAUCCACCACCUCCACGACUCCGACUUUGUCCACCUGUCCAGCCUGCGGCGUCUCAACCUCAAGUGGAACUGCCCCCCCGCCGGCCUCAGCCCCAUGCACUUCCCCUGCCACAUGACCAUCGAGCCCAACACCUUCCUGGCCGUGCCCACCCUGGAGGACCUGAACCUGAGCUACAACGGCAUCACCACUGUGCCCGCCCUGCCCAGUUCCCUCGUGUCCCUGUCCCUGAGCCGCACCAACAUCCUGGUGCUGGACCCUGCCCACCUUGCGGGCCUGCACGCCCUGCGCUUCCUCUUCCUGGAUGGCAACUGUUACUACAAGAACCCCUGCCGACAGGCCCUGCACGUGGCCCCGGGCGCCCUCCUGGGCCUGGGCAACCUCACACACCUGUCGCUCAAGUACAACAACCUGACCGUGGUGCCCCGCCUUCUGCCCCCCAGCCUGGAGUACCUGCUCUUGUCCUACAACCACAUCAUCACCCUGGCCCCCGAUGACCUGGCCAAUCUGACGGCCCUGCGCGUGCUUGACGUGGGGGGGAACUGUCGCCGCUGUGACCACGCCCGCAACCCCUGCAGGGAGUGCCCCCACGGCUUCCCCAAGCUGCACCCUGACACCUUCAGCCACCUGAGCCGCCUUGAAGGCCUGGUGUUGAAGGACAGCUCUCUCCACAGCCUGAACCCCAGGUGGUUCCUCGGCCUGGGCAACCUCCUGGUGCUGGACCUGAGCGAGAACUUCCUGUACAGCUGCAUCACCAAAACCAAAGCCUUCCAUGGCCUGGCCCGGCUGCGCAGACUCAACCUGUCCUUCAAUUACCACAAGAAGGUGUCCUUCGCCCACCUGCAUCUGGCGCCCUCCUUCGGGAGCCUGCUGUCCCUGCAGGAGCUGGACAUGCAUGGCAUCUUCUUCCGCUCGCUCAGCGAGACCACGCUCCGGCCGUUGGCCCACCUGCCCAUGCUCCAGCGUCUGCAUCUGCAGUUGAACUUCAUCAACCAGGCCCAGCUUGGCAUCUUCGGGGCCUUCCCGGGCCUGCGCUACGUGGACCUGUCAGACAACCGCAUUAGCGGAGCUGCAGGGCGGGCGGCGGGGGCCACGGGGGAGGCGGGCGGGGUGGAGAAAGUCUGGUGGCUGUCCAGGGACCUGGCUGCGGGCCCACCGGGCACCCCGAGCUCUGAGGACUUCAUGCCAAGCUGCAGGACCCUCAACUUCACCUUGGACCUGUCGCGGAACAACGUAGUGACGAUCCAGCCGGAGAUGUUUGUCCAGCUCUCGCACCUGCAGUGCCUGUGCCUGAGCCACAACAGCAUCUCUCAGGCGGUCAACGGCUCACAGUUCGUGCCGCUGAGCAGCCUGCGGGUGCUGGACCUGUCCCACAACAAGCUGGACCUGUACCACGGGCGCUCCUUCACCGAGCUGCCGCGGCUGGAGGCCCUGGACCUCAGCUACAACAGCCAGCCCUUCGGCAUGCGCGGCGUGGGCCACAACCUCAGCUUUGUGGCGCAGCUGCCGGCCCUGCGCUUCCUCAGCCUGGCGCACAACGCCAUCCACAGCCGCGUGUCCCAGCAGCUCCGCAGCGCCUCGCUGUGGGCCCUGGACUUCAGUGGCAAUGCCCUGAGCCAGAUGUGGGCGGAGGGGGACCUCUACCUGCACUUCUUCCAAGGCCUGAGGAACCUGGUCCGGCUGGACCUGUCCCAGAAUCGCCUGCACACCCUCCUGCCCCGCAACCUGGACAACCUCCCCAAGGGCCUGCGGCUGCUGCGUCUUCGUGACAACUACCUGGCUUUCUUCAACUGGAGCAGCCUGGCCCUCCUCCCCAUGCUGGAGGCCCUGGACCUGGCGGGGAACCAGCUGAAGGCCCUGAGCAACGGCAGCUUGCCGAACGGCACCCGGCUCCAGAGGCUGGACCUCAGCAGCAACAGCAUCGGCUUCGUGGUCCCCGGCUUUUUCGCCCUGGCCACGAGGCUGAGAGAGCUCAACCUCAGCGCCAAUGCCCUCAAGACGGUGGAGCCCUCCUGGUUUGGCUCCGUGGCAGGCGCCCUGAAAGUCCUAGACGUGACCGCCAACCCAUUGCACUGCGCCUGUGGGGCGGCCUUCGUGGACUUCUUGCUGGAGGUGCAGGCCGCAGUGCCCAGGCUGCCCAGCCACGUCCGGUGUGGCAGCCCCGGCCAGCUCCAGGGCCACAGCAUCUUCGAGCAGGACCUGCGCCUCUGCCUGGACGAGGCCCUCUCCUGGGACUGCUUCGGCCUCUCGCUGCUGGCUGUGGCCCUGAGCCUGGCUGUGCCCAUGCUGCACCACCUGUGUGGCUGGGACCUCUGGUACUGCUUCCACCUGUGCCUGGCCUGGCUGCCGUGGCGCGGGCGACAGCGGGGUGCUGCCGCCCUGCCCUACGAUGCCUUCGUGGUCUUCGACAAGGAGCAGAGCUCGGUGGCCGACUGGGUGUACAACGAGCUGCGGGUCCAGCUGGAGGAGCGCCGCGGGCGCCGGGCGCUGCGCCUGUGCCUGGAGGAACGUGACUGGCUGCCCGGCAAAACGCUCUUCGAGAACCUGUGGGCCUCGGUCUACAGCAGCUGCAAGACGGUGUUCGUGCUGGCCCACACGGACCGCCUCAGCGGCCUCCUGCGUGCCAGCUUCCUGCUGGCCCAGCAGCGCCUGCUGGAGGACCGCAAGGACGUGGUGGUGCUGGUGAUCCUGCGCCCCGAUGCGCACCGCUCCCGCUACGUGCGCCUGCGUCAGCGCCUGUGCCGCCAGAGCGUCCUCCUGUGGCCCCGGCAGCCCAGCGGCCAGCGCGCCUUCUGGGCCCAGCUGGGCACCGCCCUGACCAGGGACAACCGCCACUUCUACAACCGGAACUUCUGCCGUGGCCCCACAACGGCCGAAUAGCCCGGGGACGGCCCAGGCCACCCCGCCAUGCCACUGCCCGGCCUCCCCUGCUCCCCACCGGGCAUGUAGCAGGUGCUCAAUAAGCAGACGCCCCUCGGAGGCCCAACGGCUAACCCUGAGCUCACUGGAGGCGUGAGCGGGAGGCCAGAAGGGGGACUGCGCCAGGCUUUCCUGCCUGCAGUGAGGAGGGACAAGAGGUGAUUUGGGAGAAAUUGCCAAGCAGGAGAAGCGGGGGCCCAGACACCGCAGGUCUGCAGGGCAGGGAAGCUGCUGAGGACAGUUGUGUUGACGAGCAUCUUCUCAGGGGAGUCUGAGGAAGGUCCCUGAAUGUGGUCUCGGUCCUUCGCAGAGAGCAGGCUGGGUCUCCUGUCCCAUCCAGGCCCCUCCUCACACGCCCUCCCCUCCCCAUCCCCCGCCGCUCCAGGCAGCCCAGGGCAGGCUGGGUCGUAUACCCGCCUCAGGAUCUGCCUCCCACACCCGCACGCCUGAAAAUGCCUUGAGGGCAGAGAACUGGCAGGCCUGCUUCAUUCCUGGCCCCCAGCAAAAUCCUGAGGGGCAGCGGCCCUGGUGAGUGUUCAUUCCGGCGGGGGAAAGCGUUGUGCGGAGUUCAGGGGGCCGUUUGCGCCAUCUGGUGGUCAUGCCUGUGCUGUGCCCAGGAGGCGGGCCCGGGGUUGGGGCGAAGCCUCUAAGUAGCUCCCGGCAGCAGGGAGCUGGGAGCCACAGAGAUGCUAGAGUGGGCUCACAAUCCGUCCCUUUCCGUUUUCACCUAGAAUGGAUACUGGGUCUCUCUGUACUGACAUCAAAGGGACACCUGGGUGAGCCACCACCUGGCUACAAAGGUGGGGCCUGCCUUCCCGGCCCCUGCAUUUCACCGCGGAUUGCCCUUAGGUGGGAGAGAGCCUCAUCUGAUGAGGGUGGAGCACGCGUGUACAUUUCUAGUUCUGAUAUCCAGCGUAGGGUUCCAGACACUGCUUGGAGCACCAAUGACUGGUGUUUGGAGACAGCCGAGUGUGUGGGGAGUUGUGGGUCACGUCAGGCCCGGAGCCUUGGCGGUUGCUUUGUCCUGGACUACUGCCUCACUGUCCCCACAAGUGAACCUGCCCUCUGAGGAGCAGAGGAGACGUGUGCAGCCGGACAGCUGACGCUGGGGCCCGGGGUGGCCGGAGAGUGGAACCAGCUCGGCUGGCUCAGGACAGCUGGGGGCCGGCCCAGCCACUUCAGGUCUCUGAGGUGGAAGGUGGGUGCUGGCCGAAGACUUGGCUAUAACCUUACACAGCCUGACUGUGGGCAGCCCUGGGGUUUGAGGGGGAGCAUAGCUGGGAGAGAAAUGUAGGCCAACUUCCUCUUUCUGACUUGGGCACAGGGAAUCCUGUGCUAGGCUGGUGGCCCCUGUUAUCUGCUUGCCUGACAGAAAGAGGGGCGCCUGGGUGGCUCAGUCGGUUAAGCGUCUGCCUUCAGCUCAGGUCAUGAUCCCAGGGUCCUGGGAUCAAGUCCCGUGUCAGGGUCCUUGCUCAGCGGGGAGUCUGCUUCUCCCUCUGCUGCUCCCCCUGCUUGUACUCUCUCUGACAAAUAAAUAAAUAGAAUCUUUAAAAAAAAAAAAAAAAAGGAAGAAAGACAGGUCUGAUCCACCAACUGGAAGUCCCACAUGGGCUCUGUCCUGUCUUGAGAGGCCUGUUAGAUUCUGGAGGAGAGGACCGAGGCUCGGCAUGGCCCCGCAUACUCCCUUGGCCUGUGCCUGGGGAGAAAAGAAAACAAGAACUGUCUUUCGGCCAGGCUGGAGUCUAGGGGAAGCCCCGGCCGCACGGCUCGUGGGCUGAUCUGGCCGCGUCUAGGAGCAGGAAGCAGGGCCUUAUCCAGGGCCCCACAGUUUGCAUGUGGGGAGCACCAUCGGCCUGUCUCUCAGGACAGCUGAGUCUGCCUUCAGGCAGUUCUCAGAUAGAAUCCUCGUGUACCCACCCACCCACUCAUGCUCACACUCCUGGUUCUUUUGGGGCUUCGGAUUCAGAAGAGCAUUUUCCGAAUGUUUGGAUUGGAGCUCGGAGUUAUGGUAGGACAGUUGGCUUGACCUAAGUGAGUCUGAGGGUCCAUGGUCCUUGGUUCAACCUGCAGAAAAAAGAUCUGCUGUCUACAGGAUCAGAAGGGGCAGACCUCCAUUAUCCUGGGUGUUAGGCUCAGGUGGGGCUGGGGGAGAGGCGGCUGCCCCUGCACUGUGCUCAGGAAGGGCGCUUGUGGUUGACUCCAGGCCCUCUCCUCCGCGCUGCUGGACACCCUUGACCAUGAGCGCUAGCUGCGACCUCGCCCCUCAAGGCUGGGGAAGAGUGGGACUCAGGUCAGGCUACCUGGGCUAACUAUUGGCUCUGCCAUUUGGAUUAUCUCGGGCAGGCGACCUCCUGUUUGGAGCCUCAGUUUGCUCAUCUAUAAAUGGGGGUGGCCAGGGUUACUCUGCCGGCUAUUAAGAAGGCUUGAUGCUAAUGCAUGUGAAGGUCUGAGAAACUAGCAGCCCUCAGCCGUCAUUAUUAGGUAAGGGGCUUCUGCGGAGGACAGCUAGCUGAUGCGGCUUCGGUAUUUUAUCUCUGUAACCCAGAGACUGAUCCUCCACCCAGAGCACUGAAUGGGGUUCAGAGGCAGAUGUGGUUGAAUUAGAGGCACGUGAAGCUGCAAGCGGGCCCCUGGGGUUGCCUCCUGUGCUUUUUGCUGUCAUGGGGGCAGUGAGUACUAGACAGACGUCUGGGCACAAGACUUAGGAAAGCCUGAUAGGAGGAAAACGUAAAUGUAAGAAAAUUCUCCCUGCUAAGAUUAGAAACGACAACUCUCUCUUUUCCCUCAAGGAUACUCUCAUGCUCCGGGCAUCUAUACAUUCUUGGAAAACUUCUAUCACAUCAUACAUUUCCAUACUCAAGUCCUUAUUAUGAUGAGGGAGCAGAAGGCUAGCUGAAGACAAAGCACAAGCUGAUACCCUGCAACCUCCCUGCACCCCCACUCCUGGCAGGACAGGUGUGUGACACUCUUCCAGCAAUCUCCCAACUAUCUUAAUGCCUUGCCAGAGGGAAAAACAACCUUAGCUUGACGAUAGCCAGGCCUCUAGUAUCCUAAGGGUCUUCUUUAACAGAUGAAAAUCCUUUUGAAACCUCCCUUUUCCGGGGCACCUGGGUGGCUCAGUCAUUGGGCUUCUGCCUUUGGCUCAAGGGGUCCUGGGAUCUGGGAUCCAGCCCCGCAACUGGCAC